AUGGAGGCUGGGAAACAUAAGGUUAACGCCAACGUAGUCACCGUGAACUGGCGGAAUGGAGCAAAGUUCCCGAAUUACAGAGCUGCGGCUGCUAACACGGCCUUGGUCGGGGCUCAGCUUUCGUUGCUGCUUCAAGAAAUCCUCAGGAGCUCUCUCCUGAGAGCGAGCCACGUCCAUCUGGUGGGAUUCAGCCUCGGGGCUCACGUCGCUGGCUUCUGCGGUCGCCACUUCCGCAACAUCACUGGCCACAGCCUGGGGCGCAUCACAGGCCUCGAUCCCGCCGGUCCCUUGUUUGAAGGCACGAACGUCUCUCUGUCGAGGGCGGAUGCUGACUUUGUAGACGUGAUUCACACAAACGCCGGCCCCAUCAGCGAACUAAAGUUUGGAAUACAGGAGCACCUGGGGCACGUCGACUUCUACCCGAACGGUGGAUCCAAGCAGCCAAAAUGCACACAUGGAGCAGAUCAUAACAGAAGAACGUCGGCGUGA